AUCCUGUGUGGGUGACUGUGUUGGCACAGGAUGCCCCGUGUGCCACAUGCCAGCCUGGGUGCAAGAUGCACAGAUCAACCUGCAGCUGGAUAACAUGAUUCAGCUUUGCAGCAAGCUGCGGCAGCUACUGGGUGCAGACACCCCAGAUUCAGCAGAAGAUGCAUCCACACCAACUGAUUCAGUCUUGGAAAAACAGAGUAAGAAGGAACAGAUAAAAAUGUGGUUCAGCCCAAGAAGUAGGAAGGUCCGAUUCGUCCUGGCCCAGAGUCAGCCUGAGACUAAAAGCAACGAUUUCAGUCAAGGCACAACUUCAGUUUAUGAUUUUUUCCCUUCUCCUCCUCAUGAGAAGCCCUCCAAGCCAGCAAAAAAACCAACACAGAAACAGAUGAAGAAGAUGAAGAAGAAACAGCUAGCAGACAUUAACAAAGAGUGGAGCAUAGAGAAGCCUGAGCAGAAAGGGUUAGAGAAGAAGACUCCCAAGGAAAAGUGUGUGACCAUCUGCAGUCAACCAGUAGUCCUGUGCACUCCAGAACCAGAUAGCCCUGAGGAGGGACCUCAGCAGGAGUCUGUAGAGGAAGCUGACUCCAGCAAAAAUACAGAAAAUGUAGAAUUGCCACCACAGAUAAAAUCUCCAGGGAAGAAAGAUAACAGUGAGGUCGUGUGCCCUGCACAAGACAGCAGGGAAACAAGUUGUGCCACAGAGACGUCAUUGUCCAUAGAGAAUAAAAGUACACCUUUAAAACGUGGAAGGGAGCAAUCUGGACUUCAGGUUAGUUCUCAGUCUAAAAGACCAAAGAAAACUGAGAGGAGCAUUACUGGGAAUUCAGGCAGGCAGGCAGAUUGCUUAGAGGAGUUACCUCAGGGUUCCCCCAUCUCUCCAGCGACUGAACAUCAGACACCAGUUCAGAUUUCUUCCUGUGCAUCCAAACGCACUCACCCUGGAGUGAAGACAAGAAGUUCUGCAGUCCUUCAAGCAACAAACAGUCCUUCACUAUCAAAAUCUCCUUCUACGCCAUCUACUUCUAAGACUUGCAGUCAAGUAGCAAUACCACUCAGUCCUUUGGUGUUAAAAUCCCCUGGUGGGAACACAAUUGCCAGAAGAAAUUACAAAGGAGAGACCUUGCUCCAUGUUGCUUCCAUCAAGGGUGACUUAGCAGCUGUGGAACAGCUUCUGAAAAAUGGGGCAGAUCCCAAUGUCAAAGACCAUGCUGGCUGGACACCACUGCACGAGGCGUGUAACCAUGGGCACAAAGCCGUGGUGGAGCUGCUGCUGCAGUACAGGGCCCUGGUGAACACCACGGGGUACCAGAACGAUUCGCCGCUUCAUGACGCUGCCAGGAACGGGCACGUGGCCAUUGUGGAGCUGCUGCUGCAGCAUGGUGCCUCCCGGGAUGCAGUUAAUAUAUUUGGUCUGCGGCCUGUGGACUAUGCAGAAAGUGAAAAGAUGAAGUCUGUGCUGAUGUUACCAGUGAGGAAUGAAUCAUUUUCACUUAGCCAGCCCUCUGAGGCCCUGAGCCCCAGCCAGCCAAGAAAUGGACCUCUUGGUAUACUGGGGAGCAGUCUUAGUGAAGAGCAACAGCAAUUGCUGAAGAAAUUAACCACAGUGCUGAAGGCUCGAAGGUGCACUGAAUUCACCAGUGCAGUAACUCAUCUUGUUAUCCCUGAUGCUCCCAUGCCGAGUACUGUCAAAUGUCUGAUGGCUGUUCUGUCUGGAUGUUGGGUCCUCAAGUUUGAAUGGGUCCAAGCCUGUCUACAAACCUCAGUUCGAGAACAGGAAGAGAAGUUUGAAAUUCAAGGUGGCCCCCAAAGAGGGAGGCUCAACAGAGAACAACUGCUGCCUAAGUUGUUUGAUGGAUGCUACUUCUAUUUUUUGGGAUCUUUCAAACAUCACCAGAAGAGUGAUCUUAGGGAGCUGGUCAAAGCAGCAGGAGGACAAAUUCUGGUUAGACAGCCCAAGCCAGACAGUGAUGUGACACAGACGAUCAACACUGUGGCAUACCAUGCAGAAUCUACUUCUGACCAGAGGUUUUGCACUCAAUAUGUAAUCUAUGAUGCGGCGUCUAAAUUCAAGCCGGAGAAAAUUCGUCAGGGCAAAGUCUGGAUGGCCCCCUCCAGCUGGCUCAUAGACUGUGUGAUGUCGUUUCAGCUCCUGCCUGUAAAAUGA